AUGACAGGAACUGUCACAGAUGUGGAGGAUCCUACUAGCAUAAUUCAACAGAUAAACGCAAACUAUGCCCUGACUGCCGUUGCACUUACGAUCCUUUAUUACGAUUAUUUCCUCACCUUGGGUCGGGAAAUCCGUCUUAUUUGGAGAAAGAAAUCAAAUUUAGUUGCAAUCGUCUUCUUCCUCAAUCGUUAUGUCUCUAUCUUGGGGAGUGUGCCAAUUAUACUCCAAACCUAUGCCAAUUGGUCCAAAGAUGUCAUUGUUGCAGUGAUCGUUGUCCUCAGGACAUAUGCACUGUACGAAUUGAACAAGAAAAUUGCUAUAAUGCUAACCUCUAUUGGGCUUCCGAUGCUUUGUUUUUCGAUCUGGACUACCCUUGGUCACUCACCACUUCUAACAGAAGUGUAUGAUCUCUCGGCUUUUAAGGGUUGUCAUCCGUUGAUGACAAUACAAACCGGUAUUCGAUUAACGGGGGCGUGGGGGUGUUUACUACUAUUUGACACAAUCGUUGUCAUCCUUACUUUGCGGAAGGCCAUCCUUAUCAAAAGGCUCGAACGACGUGGAUUGUUUCAUGUACUCAUCCGUGAUGGCUGUGCUUAUUAUAUCAUCCUUGCCAUGAUCAAUGUCUCUCAAAUUAUUUCAUUUGUGAUUGGAAGUCCCUAUUCCCGAGGGAUUGUCACAACUUUCGCUAACGUUACUGGUCGAAGAUCACUAUCCACGUUUGAUGCAUUCGCUGCUUCAGCAGUUGGGAAGGACGAACAAGAAUCAGGGUUUACUUCAGUGGGAAUUCAGCUUGAUGAAAUGAAACACAGUCGGGGGAUAGUACGGGCGAGCGGAUGUAAACGAACAAUGUAUGCAAAUGGCUAG